AAAAUAAUAAAUACUCGCUAUUUAUUUUGAAUUUCUGUGUAAUUUGUUGUGAAGUUUCAAUUUAUAAAAGCGUGUUAAUUUAAGAACGAUAACGUCGGUGCUUCCGCCUUCCCUUGCGAUUGUAGUAAAAGUAACUUCCCAGUGUUAACGCAACAAAAUACGCACAAACUAAAAAUCAAAGCAAUGGACAUGAACAAUACUAAAUACGGAGGCUACGUGCCGCCAGGCUAUCAACCAAAUGCGCCGCCAGCUGAGGCCAGCGCUCCAUAUGCGCCAGGACAUGCAGCGCCUUAUCCACCAGGCAAUGCACCUCCGUAUCCAGCUGGAGCACCCGGACCGCAGCCAGCGCAGCCGCCAAACUAUGGCUUUUCGCCACCACAACAUCAAGGUGGAUAUGCACCACCGCAGCAGCAUCAUGCCGGAUAUGCACCAGUUCCACAACAGCCGCCAUAUGGUUCACCAGCUCCAUUUGGCGCCAAUCAACCAGCCUAUCAUGGCGGCGCAGUACCACAGCAUGUUGGAUAUCCACCAGGCCCAGCUGGACCGCCACAGCCGUUUGGUUAUGCACCCGGAGCACAGCAGCCCAUUGUAACGCAGCCUGGCAUGCCGCCAGCUCAUCCACAUGCUGGCAUGGCAGCUGCAGGAGCAGGAGGCGACUGGAUGAGUAUACCUGUCGGCAUUCCGAAUUGUCCGCGCGGAUUGGAGUACCUUACGAGUAUCGACCAGCUUUUAGUUAAGCAAAAAGUGGAGCUGCUCGAGGCGUUCACAGGCUUCGAGACAAACAAUAAAUUUUCCAUCAAAAAUGCGCUUGGCCAGAAGGUUUACUAUGCCGUCGAGGACAAUGAUUGCUGCACGCGCAACUGUUGCGGUCCAGCGCGUCCCUUUGAUAUGAAAGUAUUCGACAAUUAUCGCACCGAGGUCAUUCAUAUGUACCGUCCAUUGGCCUGCUCGGCCUGCUGUUUCCCCUGCUGUCUGCAGUCCAUGGAGGUGUCGGCGCCACCGGGCAAUGUUAUUGGUCGCAUCGAGCAGGAAUGGUCGCUUUGCACGCCCUCGUUUCGCAUACUGAACCACAUUGGCGACACAGUGCUGCGCAUCGAAGGUCCCUUCUGCACUUUCUCGCUCUGCGGCGAUGUCAAGUUUGAUGUGGUGUCGCUGACUGGCGAAAAGAUUGGCAAGAUAUCCAAGCAGUGGUCUGGCCUGGCACGUGAAAUAUUUACGGAUGCGGACUUCUUUGGCAUUUCGUUUCCACUCGAUUUGGAUGUGCGCAUGAAGGCGGUGCUACUAGGUGCCACCUUCUUGAUUGAUGCCAUGUUCUUUGAGAAAUCUGGCAACCGCGAGACUGAUACGCCCGGCAUGCUUUCCUGAUCUAUCUUUCAAUUUUAUAGAUAAAUUUGUUUUGACCACAUGCCCAGUUAUCGAAGCCCCCAGUGAACCGAACCUUAAGCGCUGGAAAAUAUUUUUGCAUAAGCUUUACUUUACUCCUGUUAAUCUCAGGCUCUUUAUGAAAUGUUAUUUAUAAUUUGUGAUUUGGGUUCAGCUUAAACUAAACGUUCGCUUUAAAACACCGAAACUUAAGAUAUAUA